GCAAACGGGUUUCAGUCGAGUUUGGGGCCUCCGCGGCGAUACACGAUACACGAUAUUCGAGGCUCGAGGUGCGAGGUCCACAAUCGCGAUGACUAAUUCCCUGAUUUUGGCAGUGUUUUUGGCCAGCCUGUGCCUCUGCUUCGGCCAACUGCAGGCAGCCUCGAUUGUCUGCGGCUCCGAGGCCAAGUCUGCAAGGGACCCGGGCUCGGACUCGGACGCGGCGACCACUCCCAGUCCCAGCGAGGUCAACAAGUUCGUCCACAGUCUGCAGUGCACUCUGGAGAAGGCGAAGCCCUGGAUAGCCAACAUCGAGAAGGAGGCCAAGCUCCUGGAGGAGAAGGCCAGGGAUGUGACCAGGUCGCUCUUCCAGCGCGUCAGCAUGCUGGUCAACGUGCUGGCCCUGCCGGCCAACUCGGAAAAGGACAAGAACAAGGAGCCUGAGGGGGAGGCCACCAGCAGCACCGCUGCGGAGCCCUCCUCCACCUCGGAGCCAUCCAGCUCCGCCAAAAGCGAUCUGAAGGAGGAGCUCACCACCUCCUCGCCGACCCCAGGUAACCUGGACUGGCUGGAGGACGAGGCCAACGAGGUGGACUCCCUCCCGCAGAGGAACUAGAUAAGCCAUAUACCUACGAAUAUUUAUAAUAACUAAUAAAGUUUCCAGCCCUGCUUGGCCGGAGCAUUUCCUAUUUACGAC